GUCAUGCGGAAGUGUUUGAAGCCAUGAUGGCUGCGUCCUUCACAGGCAUGUCUUCGGCUCAGUGGUGACAGUUGCAGAGUUUUUAAACCAAAAGACUGAGCGUGAGACAGAAGCAGGAGGACAAACAUGGAGAGACGAGAGUUCGUCGCCUCGCUGCUGGCAGGAGGCAGUGCAGGCAUGUGUGUAGACCUGACCCUCUUCCCCCUGGACACCAUUAAGACCAGACUGCAGAGUCAGCAAGGCUUCUAUAAGGCCGGGGGCUUCAGGGGCAUCUAUGCCGGGGUCCCAUCUGCCGCUGUCGGCUCCUUCCCCAACGCUGCUGCUUUCUUUGUCACUUACGAAUGCACAAAGUCCCUGCUCGGCGCGGGCGGAGCACUAUCAGCUCCACGCGUGGCACCCGUCACUCACAUGCUGGCCGCCUCCCUCGGAGAAAUAGUGGCAUGUCUUAUCCGGGUUCCCACAGAAGUGAUCAAACAAAGGACCCAGGCUUCGCCGUCGUCCACCACCUACCACAUCCUGCUGGCAACACUCAGAGAGGAGGGUGUUCGAGGCUUGUACCGAGGAUUUGGGAGCACAAUUCUCAGAGAGAUCCCGUUCUCACUGGUGCAGUUUCCUCUGUGGGAAUAUUUAAAGACUCUGUGCUCGUGGAGGCAAGGUCACACACUCCACUCUUGGCAGGCUGCAGUGUGCGGAGCUUUUGCAGGUGCGGUAGCUGCAUUUGUGACCACUCCUCUUGACGUGGCAAAGACCAGGAUCAUGCUCGCAAAGGUCAAAGACUGAGGAGGACAUUUUGGUGCAUG